AUGACCCGUCAGCAGACGGUGAUUGUAGUAGUGCCAUUUGCAGCAUUGGUGGAUGACAUUGUCAGCUGUGGGGAGGCAGCUGGGUUGAAUUGUAAGGAGUGGAUCAAUGAGCAGUCCGGACAUGAAUUGCAGCAGUUGAUUGUGGUCAGCGCAGAUCGAGCGGUAGAGGGAGGGUUUAGGCAUUAUGCUAAAGGGUUGGAAUUGGAAGGGCAGUUAGCCCACGUGUUUUUUGACGAGUGCCAUGUUACAUACACAGACACAUCGUACCGGGAGCGGUUGCGAGAGUUGUGGACGUUACGGUAUUUGAAUUGUCCAUUUACCGGAUUGACGGCCACGUUGAUGAUUGAGUUAGAAGAUGUGUUGAGGGAGCGGUUAUGCAUUGAGAAUACAAUGAUUUUCCGGCGGAAUACAGCACGAAAGACAAUCCGAUAUCAGGUUAGGGACAGCAAGGACGAGGCACCGUCGGAAAUUGCCAUCAAGUAUGUGCAGCAGGCGACAUUGAGCGCAGGAAGUCGAGGGGUCAUAUACGUACGGAGUUAUGACACCGGUGGGUUCAUCAGCAAGGAAUUGAAGUGCCCGUUUUAUAGAGCAAAGGCAGACGAUAAGGGCGAGGUUUUACAGCAAUGGAUUGGCGGCGAGGGUGGGUGGAUUGUGGCCACAGGAGCAUUAGGGACAGGGAUCAACAUUAAGGGAAUUGUGAGAAUUAUUCACAUUGGUCGGCCAUAUAGAUUGACCAGUUUCGUACAGCAGUCCGGGCGUAGAGGACAGAACGGUGAG